AUGCCUGGAGUCCAGGGCCGCUUCAGCAAGGCCUCGGUUGACCGGGAUCCAUCCGCAAAUGUGACGUUCGGUUGCAGGGCACGCCGGAGGGGGGACUGGCUCAAGGCGGUGCUUCCGGAGCCAGCAGCGGCCGCUGGGUUUCCCGCGGACAGCCACGUGGUGCACGAGAAGCAUCUUGGCCCUAACCCAAAGAUGUUUGGCCUCGGCGGCUGCCUCCUGUGCGGUCGUCUGGCCCUUCUCAUCUUUGCCUGUCCCGUUGCCGAGGGCUAUGAUUCGGUGUGUCUGCUCGUCGCGUUUUUCCUACUUCUCCUGCUUGGUUGUGUCUGCUCGUCGCGUUUUUCCUCCUUCUCCUCGCCUUCCUCCUUCUCCUCCUCCCUCCCUCCCUCUCCGGGCGGCACAGCCUGCCCAGAGCCGGCUUCGCCAAACAGCGUGGAGCCAUCUUUGCCCGAGGACCUGCAGCUUCAGGGGCAGAGAGCGUGUCUCUUGGGGGGCGGCCUAAGUUUUCGCCUUUAUCCGAUCAGCAUCACACCUCGCGAUUGA